CGCUCCUGUCGUCCAGGCAAAGAGUCGAGCACAUGGCGCGCGCCCUCCUCCGCCACCGCGGCGCGCUCCCCUCUCUCCUCUCGCCGGCCGCCCCCACGACGCCCAGGCUGGUCCCGUCAUUCUCCUCCGCCGCCGCCUCCUCCCUCGCGUCGCUGCGCUCCCCGCUCGACGAACGCCUGCUCCGCCUCCUGAGCUCCGAGAUCUCCUACGUCGCCGACCGCCGCCCUCCCCACCAGCCGCCGACGGGCUUCAAAUCCUUCGCCGUGGAGGACCGCCCGGGGGAGCAGUGGGUGCGCCUCCGCGCCGCCCGCCGAGGCGCCGGGGCCGGGGAGGAGGCCAUCAAGAUCGACGCCACCUUGUUCGACGGCGUCGCGGAGCUGCCCCCCGACGCGUCCCUCUUCAACCGGGUCGAGGCGCUCGAGCAAGGGCCGCGCCUCCACCUCAGCCUCAUCGUCGAGGUGGCCCGCGCCGACCGCGUACUGGGAUUCAUCUGCUCCGCCUGGCCCGACCAACUCGCCGUCCGCCACGUGCUCACCCUCAGGGGCACCGGCGCCGCCACCGACGACCGCGGUGCCCGCGACUUCACGAAGCUGGAGCCUGCGGAGAGGGAGGCGGUGAAGAAGUUCCUGCAGGAGAGGGAGGUGGAUGCCGAGCUUGCGGAGUUCUUGCACGACUACGUUGCGAACAAGGAGAAGAUGGAGAUGCUCCAGUGGCUGAAGACAGUCGAAUCGUUCGUCGAGAAGUAAGCUAAGGAGCUGCAGGCUUAUUAGCAGGUCAUUUUUUUCAUCCUCAUACAUAUGUUCAGAGUUAUGGAGAUGAAUGAUACGAGGAGACAAUGUUGUGAGUUUGAGAACAAAUUGACCUUCAGAAAUGAGCCAUAAACAUUUGAGGAGGUAACAAUAACCAACAAUCCAUCUUCAAGCUGGUUAUAUUCAAAAAACGACUUAGUCUGGUGGCUGCCUGUGAUAAGGUCCGCAAAUCGUCUAAAUCUAGAGAUCAACAAUGAAGUUUGUGUUUGCUAGUCUCCACUUCCUGAAGUGUGAAAGGAUUGUUCUCGGUGCACGAGUUUUGUUCAUCUUUGUGAAAUGUUAAUAUUGGGCUCCC